CGGCCGGCUCAACCCCCACCGCCGCGGCCAUGCCCGAGCUCCCCGGGCUCGCAGCCGGCGAUCCGCGCAACGGAGGAGCCGGCGGCGGCGGCGGCUCCUUGUGCGCGACGAGCUGGUGGUGUUGCUGCAGAGCUGCGACGCGCCGACGCGGGCGGGACGUGCCCCCGAAGCAGCGCGAGAGGCGGCGGAGCAUGGACGGAGCGUGGCGGUUCGGUCGCGCAACAGGAGGCCCAGCUCUCCGUAACCCUUUGGGAUCUUCCCGUCUCGUAUUAAACGUGGCAACGGUCCGUCCCUAGAUCUCCGUAACCCCAAGCGGUACCCGGAGAUUUGGGCCCUGAUCCUGAUCAAUCAAAAGGACGACGGCUCGAACCCGGACUCGACACCCCCCCGCCGCCGCCGCCGCCCCGAUCGAUCGCGCCGCCGCCCGCGCGAGGGAGAGGUACUCCUAGCGCAUUCCGUGCCCGCUCGCCUCGCUCCCUCUGUCUGGUUCGUCUGUGCUUCCUCGGCCCCUCCUGCAGCCCAGGCCCUGUUUCCCAGGCGGACGGAAGGAUCAUACAAUGAACUUCCGCAGGCUGAUCUGAGUUGGAUCAUCCUCGGCACUCAACUUCUCUUCAGCAAUGGUGUUCUGUGGUCACUGUCAGGAUGACUGCCCGUAUGUAAAGGACCCAGACAACGGGAUCAUAUGUUGUGGAAUAUGCGGGAAGGUUCUUGAUCCGAACAUUUAUGAUGAUGGGCCUUCUUUUGUUAAGGACUCCUCGGGACAGAGCCGGCUACGUGGAUCAAUUAUUAAAGCAAUUGAGGAUGGAUGUUCAAUAUCCCGUGAAAGAACCGAAGCGAAAGGGAGAGAUGAGAUUUGGCAGAUUGUCCAUGGCCUGCAUGUGAGUGGUGGAGAUGAUAUCAUUUGCACUGCUCAUAACUUUUAUAAACUAGCUCUUGACAAUAGCUUCACUAAAGGACGCCAGACAAGUCAUGUUGCAGCUGCUUGUCUUUACAUUGCUUGCCGGCGAGGUGAAAAACCUUAUCUUCUUAUUGAUUUCUCGGACUAUUUGCAUAUAAGUGUUUAUGUCCUAGGUGCGGUUUUUCUGCAGCUUUGCCAAGUUUUGCUACUCGGAGAACACCCAAUUGUUCAAAAGCUUGUAGAUCCUAGCCUUUUCAUCCAUCGUUUUACCGAACGUUUACUGGGAAAAAGGAACAAUGCUGUCUCGGACACAGCUUUAUGCAUUGUAGCUAGCAUGAAGCGAGACUGGAUGCAGACUGGGAGGAAGCCAAGUGGUUUAUGUGGUGCAGCAUUAUACAUUGCCGCACUUUCUCAUGGAUAUGAUUACACCAAGGCAGAUAUUGCUGCUGUUGUGCAUGUCUGUGAGGCAACUCUAUUUAAGCGCUUGAUAGAGUUUGAAAGUACAGAUUCUGGUAGCUUAACGAUUGAAGAUUUUUUGGCCAAGGCUUAUGAAGAGACGGUUCCAAAAUGUUCAGCCAAGUAUGGAGAAGUCCUUUGCGAGCACAAGGAUAAGGGUGCUGAGCAUUUUUCUCAUGGACUUUGUGAGGAAUGCUAUGACAAUUUCACUGAACUUUCAGGUGGGCUGGAGGGUGGUGCUGACCCUCCAGCUUUCCAGCAAGCUGAAAAACACAGACAGGAUGCUGCUAAAAGAUCCAAGGAAACUGCCGUGGUCGAGGAAACAUUGUGUGAGUUAAAUAGUUCUGAUGUUGAGGAUAACAUCAUGACCCCUUGGAAGAACUUUGGGGGCAAAUCUUCGACAAUUAGUUCCAGUCAAACUGCAAAUGAUUUUGUUGCUCCUGACGAUGCUGAAGUGGAAGGUGAGAAUGGUAAAGCUGAUUCUGAUUCUGAAAAUCUUUCUGAUAUUGAUGAUGUGGAGGUUGACGGGUAUCUUCACAAUGAAGAAGAAACACAGAACAAAAAGAUUAUCUGGGAGGAAAUGAACAAAGAAUACCUAGAGGAACAAGCUGCAAAGGAAGCUUUAGCAGCUGAAUUGGCAGCUAGAGGUGUACCUGUUGGAGAGGGACGACAGAAGAAACGAAAACGUAAUGAAGACAAGAACUCCACACCUGCUGACACACCAGCAGAAGCAACCUACAACAUGUUGAGACAGAAGGGACUCGGGUCAAAAAUCAAUGUUGAAGCUGUUAGUGGAUUGUACACGACUGAAGACGAAGUUGGCAAAGCAAAUGGCAAAGAUGACAUACACUUUGACGAGGAAUAUGAACAGGAUAUCGGUUAUGGUGAAACAUUUGAUGCUAGUUAUGACUAUGGUCACGAUGCUGAUUACAACUACGAAGGCUACGUUGACGAGGGUGGUGGCGGAGGCUAUGAUGAUUAUCAUGACGCUGAUUACUAGUAGUAGCAGUUUUCUGCAGAGUGGCAACCUGACCAAGAUCUGUUCCGACUACCAAGGCGAACUGAAAAUCUUAUAUUCUAUCUAUACCAAGCUAAGACUAAGUUAUAGUAUACGCGUAAACUGACACCGAAUCCAGAUUUGUGGACCACAGUAAGACUGCUCUCUUAGAAAAGUUUCCGGUGCAAAGUUCUAGAAAAUGAGUAAUCAACAGUAAGGCUGAAGAGACCGAUACCUUUCUCAAGGACCAUUUUCUUUGUACUCCC